AUGCCUUCUUUCAGUUCCAUCCUUCCUUUGCUUGCCGCUGCUGCCUCUGUUCAGGCUGCUAUGGGCCCAGCCUUUAGUACCGGCCCCGUCGGUGGUCGUUCCUGGAUUCGCGAGGCCACUUCUACUCUUGUUCUGCCUAAGGCCCCUAGCAACAACAAUGGCGACGCCUCUCUUUGGGUUGGCAUGGGCACCUCCAAUGGUGACCUGAUUCAGUCGAUCGCCGAUAACUGGCAAUCAUCUGACUGGUCGAUCUACGCGUACACUCUCUUGAGCACUGGCCCCACUAGCCAGAUGCCCGUCCAGACGGAGGGCAAGAAUGCCAAGGCUGCUGAUCAGAUCACCAUGCACUACAAGUUCGACGAUGCGACCGGUAACUACACUCAGAUCGUCUCUAUCAACGGAAAGCAGAGCGGUGUCCUUAGCACCAAGGAUGGUCAGGCUAUGGGAUGGGGCAGCGCUGUUGAGUGCGCCGAGAACAACUGCGGCACCAUGCCCGCCCACAAAUGGAUCAACACAGUCAUCACUCUCGAUUCUGCUGAUCCAAAGUACGACCAGACGAUGGGUAAGGGCGAGGGUGUCACUGGCGAGAUGUCGACUCAGGAUGGCGGUAAGACCUGGAAGGUCACCGACAUCAACAUCCCUUCCUUCACUUUCCAAUAA